AAUUAAUACCCCAUACUUUAAAUUUCUUCUACUAAUUACUAAUUUAAGAAUAUUAACAUGGAUGGGAAUGAGAUUCCUGUAAGAAGGAAAGUUCCAUCAUUAGUAAUGAUUUCUACUCGAGUUAUAGCGGCUAAUAUAAAUAAUCUCAUUGAUAUUGGUUCAACACCUUAUCAUUUACUUGAAUCAAUAUUAUGUAAGAUGAAUGCAAAACAAUUAAAUAAUAUUGAAAUCAUAUCUCCACAUAUAGCAGUUCAUUCCGAUAAACUAUGGCGAGGAUUAAUUGAAAAAGAUUUCCCAACUCGUCCUUCAGAAUUAGAUCCUAUAUUAUCAAGAGAAUCUAUGCCUUAUAAGGCAUUAUAUGAGAAAUAUACUAAAGAAAGACAAUUAUUUGAAAGGGAUUCUACAGCAAGAUUAAGAAGAAUUACAAAAAAGAUAGAGCUUCAAAAGAAAGAGAAUAAAGUUACUCCAGUUAAAGAAUUACUUAAAGAUCCAACUAUAAAAAGACGACCUUAUAAUUUUGGUGGAUCAUCAAGACAAACAGUUCUACCAACAAGAAAUACAAUAUUAAAUAAGGUAAGAAAGAAUUUACAACAUCGUACAUUAAUAUUUAAAAAAGAACAUUUAAAGCCUUAUAGUGCAUAUGAUUCAUUUAAAGAUAAACCAAUUCAGCCUCCGAGAAGAUCAUUCACUAAUAUCCAGACAUCACCAUCUCGAGGUAUUUACUCUCAGCCAAUACCGACACCAGUUACUAAACCUUCAAUUACACCGACUACAGUAAUAGAAUCUCCAAAUCCAGUACCUAGUUCGAGUAUAAGAUCAACAACUCCUCCACCAUUAAAGAAAAGAAGAUCUGAAACUUCAGUUUUCUUGUUACCUAGGCAAAGGCCAAAUGUACAGCUGGCUGUAAUUAAACCUAAACCCAAGGCUAAACCGAAGGAUAUAGAUGAGCCAUCAUCAUCUAAGAUCAAAGCUGUAAAGUCAUCGAUUUUCAGCCGUUAAUG